CCGCGCUCCCUCGGCCGGCGCGCUCGGCCGUCUGCGGGGUCCGCGGGGCGCGUGCGUGGCCGUGCCCUGCCGCAGCGAACCUCCCGGCGCCCCCAGAUGCAGCCCCCGAGCGCACGGCCCUCCUUCCCUGCGCCUGUCCAGGUCCCCCCGGCUCCCGCGGCGCCUCCGCCUGCGUCCUCCUGGCCACCCCGCCCCCCGUCCGCCCUGCGCCCCCUCCUAGCCGUGCAGACGGGCCGCGGUCGCAGCACCGGCGGGAGGCGCGGCCGCCGGCGGGAACACCCCGUGACCCGCUCAGCUCCGUGACUCGCAGCUGUGGUUCCAGAGCCGGCGCGCGGCCGAGGAGGAAUGGCCCGGCUCUCCCGCUAGAGCCGCGCGAGCCAUGGAGGCCCAAGGACUUUCAUUCUGCAGACACUCACCGAGCCCCCUGCGUACCAGGCGCCGUGUCUGUGAGCACGGGACACCCGGGGGAGCCACAGGACGGUUCACGCACGGUGACGGAGCCUGCUUGCUGAGGAGUAUCGAGUGUACAUUUUUGCUGCUAUCUGCUUCUAAAUAAAUACACCUGGAACGGGAGAAAUUCGGACUGAUUUUCUUUGACUACAGCUACCUUUUAAUCAUGAUGCAUUUCAAAAGUGGACUCGAAUUAACUGAGUUGCAAAACAUGACAGUGCCGGAAGAUGAUAACAUUAGCAACGAUUCCAAUGAUUUCACUGAAGUGGAAAAUGGCCAAAUAAAUAGCAAGUUCAUUUCUGACCGCGAGAGCAGGAGAAGCCUCACCAACAGCCACCUGGAGAAGAAGAAGUGCGACGAGUAUAUUCCAGGAACGACCUCCUUGGGCAUGUCUGUGUUCAACCUGAGCAACGCCAUCAUGGGCAGCGGGAUCCUGGGCCUCGCCUUCGCCCUGGCCAACACGGGGAUCCUGCUGUUUCUGAUACUUCUGACUUCGGUCACACUGCUGUCGAUAUAUUCAAUCAACCUGCUGUUGAUCUGUUCAAAGGAGACAGGCUGCAUGGUCUAUGAGAAGCUGGGAGAGCAAGUCUUCGGCACCACGGGGAAGCUGGUCAUCUUUGGAGCUACCUCCCUCCAGAACACUGGCGCAAUGCUGAGCUACCUCUUCAUCGUGAAGAACGAGCUCCCCUCUGCCCUCAAGUUCCUGAUGGGAAAGGAAGAGGCGUUUUCAGCCUGGUACGUGGACGGCCGAGUGCUGGUGGUGGUGGUGACCUUUGGUAUCAUCCUGCCCCUGUGUCUCUUGAAGAAUUUAGGCUACCUGGGCUACACCAGCGGGUUUUCCCUGAGCUGCAUGGUCUUCUUCCUGAUCGUGGUAAUCUACAAGAAAUUCCAGAUCCCCUGUGGUGGUCCAGAGCUGAAUGCAACAGUGAACGCUAAUUUAACAGACACCGAGGCGUGCACACCAAGAUACGUCACCUUCAACUCGAAGACGGUGUAUGCGUUACCAACCAUCGCAUUCGCCUUCGUGUGUCACCCGUCCGUCCUGCCGAUCUACAGCGAGCUUAAGGAUCGGUCACAGAAGAAGAUGCAGAUGGUGUCAAAUAUCUCCUUCUUCGCCAUGUUUGUCAUGUACUUCCUCACGGCCAUCUUUGGUUACCUGACGUUCUAUGAAAACGUGCAGUCAGACCUGCUUCACAAGUACCAGAGCAAAGACGACGUGCUCAUCCUGACCGUGCGCCUGGCCGUCAUCGUCGCCGUCAUCCUCACGGUGCCCGUGCUCUUCUUCACGGUCCGUUCGUCCUUAUUUGAACUGGCGAAGAAGACGAAGUUUAAUCUGUGUCGUCACGUCCUGGUGACCCUCGUCCUCCUGGUGGUUAUCAACCUGCUGGUGAUCUUCAUCCCCUCCAUGAAGGACAUUUUUGGAGUCGUGGGUGUUACCUCUGCCAACAUGCUCAUCUUCAUUCUUCCUUCGUCUCUUUAUUUAAAAAUCACAAGCCAGGAUGAAGACAAAGGAACUCAAAGAAUCUGGGCCGCGCUCUUCCUGGGGCUGGGCGUGCUCUUCUCCCUGGUCAGCAUCCCCUUGGUCAUCUACGACUGGGCCUACUCGUCGGGCAGUGAUGAGGGCCACUGACCCCCUGAGGAGGAAGCGCUCCCGUCUGCUGCUCAUCCAGUCCCCACACAUCUGCCACCCUCCUCACCUCUUUUGCAAGUUUACAGAAGCAGAGAGAGUCGUACAAGACCCUUAAAACGGAACAGCACUCGGGUUGCCACGCAGAGACCUGUUUCUGUAAAGGUUCACAUCCCUCCUUAGAGAAGAAUCUUGAAGUGUAUAUUUUGCUUUCCAGGAAAAAAAAAUUGGUUUCAUAAAUAAUUUGCCUAUUUUGGUUAGCAUAGCACACAGGGAUCAUCCUGGGAGGGUCACGGGGCACAUGGGCACCAUGGGGGCAGCUCCGGGGACCUGGCAUCCCGGGCAGGGGCCAGCCGCUACCACGGCCCACACCGUGCAGGGAUGGUCGCUGGGCAGGCGUGAGGGCAGGGACUGGGCUUGGCGUGUCGAGCAGAUCAGCCGCCCUGGGCCGCUCCAGCGAAUGCAGCUUUGUUGCCUUCCUGGCAGCCUGUGUCCACUUGCUCGGGUCUGCUCGUGGCACCUGCUGUCCCUGAGCAGAGAGCCUCACGCACGCUGUCCUGUGCAGGGCCCUGUCCCCAGGCUGAGCCGGCGGCAGCUCCUCGUGUCCACCAGCUUUUUGCACUGAAUAGUGGACCUAAGGAUGGUCAAGGGCCAGCAGCUCCUGCUUUGUGUUGGGUACUUGAGGAAUCGGCAAGAGACUUGUUUUCUACCUAAACAUCUGGGUGUUGACAAACACGAGAUUUUAUACCUUCACUAAGCCUCACUCCUACUUCUCCGUCAGCGCCAUCCAGAGUCUAGAAUCCUCCGAGAGGAGCUGUGACGGGUGUUGUCCUUCCUCCCCGUGGGGCCUGAACCUGUGCCAUCCCCUCUUCCUUCCCCCCAGCCCGGGGCUGGGCCACGACCGCCCCCAACCCCGGGACCUUCAUGGGAGGACAGUGGCCUUGCCCUCUUACUGCAGGGAAACCACCGAGAGACUGAAAGAGGAGAGGGUUUCGGGCUGGGCAGCCGGAGAGGAGUGGAGGCCACAAAGGCAGCCCAGGGCCUCACCCCCGUGACCGGCCAUCCACGUCUCACACCGGGAGAAGCACACGCUCCGUGAGCUGCUCCCGUGACGCGGGACUGGUGUAUCUUCUGGGUUCCGACUGAGGUGUCCACGCCCCCUGUCCAGAAAUGACAGCUGGCGGAGCAUCCCGCAAGCCCCCAGGGGCCUGCACACCACCGAGGCAGGAAGUGUCGUUGGAGAAGGCAGCCUCGGGCACCCGUCCCGCACCACCUGGUGGCCGCAGAACUGCGUCCACCUUGGCGAGCCUCCGGGCUGAGCCACAAAGGCCUGACCUGGUCAGGCCACUGCCCCUUCUGCACAGACGGCUUCCCGUGAGCGGCGCGAGACCCCGGCGGCCUGUGGGAUGGGAUGACCCCGCGUUAGGAGCGAACUACAUCGUGCUGCUCCCCGUUGCCUCUGUGUGCAGCGACUCCCCGCGCCCUCAGAGUUGGCCUAGAAAAUUGGGGUGUGCGAGGAUGUGUUUCAAUGCUGGCUUCUGUGCCCAAGCCGCCGGCUGUCCCAGUUCAAGACCAGCUCCUGCAGAGGAGGCACGCUGCUGGGGCCGUCUGCUGCCACACGUCUUCACCGUCGCCUUCCCGUGUCUCCGCGUUUGUUACUGUCGUGUCAGGGUCGCCGUUCAGUCUCGUCACUUUCGUGGGACCUCCUGUCCCUCUUGACUCCCGGUGGACAUGGAUGGUCGCUGCUGAAUGAGUGGACUGGAGGGUGCUGUGAGCCCUGACUGAGUGUUGCUGCCUGGGAGUCGGUCUGCAAUUCAAGGAGAGCGUGUUCCGAAACCCCUGGGCCUUCCCUUCAGCAAGCGGGCUGUGUGGUGCCCCCAGGGCGGCGAGAGAAGCACCCCACCCCGAGUUCAGCCAAGCUGAGGCUGCACAGAACCCACCGCCUGAGGUCCUGCUGACUGCAUUGUGGCCCACUGUUGGCAGGAUCGGGUGGGGCUCAGGCGGGAGAGGCCGGCUGAGAGCCCGGAGGUAGGCUGUGGGGUGGGAGUGGGGCAGUGAGCUUCCAGGACGCUGCUCGCCUCCGAGGCCCCGGGCCUGACCGUCCUGCUCUGCCAGGGCAUCACCGGCGAGCACUGCUGGUGGAGUCGGUGCUGUGGCCAUGGUUUGCUGCCCGGAUCAGGUGGGGCGCGAGAGCUGCCUGCCCGCUUUCUUUCAUACACACCCAGCCCUGCUGGCACUCGGGGCGCCCGUGGUGUGGAGCGCACUGCAGCCACCCGAGGGCUGACUCGUUCCAGAGCUGGACUUGGGCCCCUAAGCCCCUGCGUGGCCUGGGGACUGCUGGAAAGCAGACCCCAGGCCCUACCCAGACACUGUGAAACCAGAGAGCCCCAGGCAGGGAGCCUGCAGAGACCCCCAUGCCCCUCAUGCCCCCAGUCCGAGAGCAUCGGCUAUUAUCCAUUGUCCCCUCGGCCCUGUCUCAGAAGAUGGUUCCCAGGGCGGGGAGGCCAGCACAGCUGCCCAGCUGCCACACCCAGCAGGAGCAUGUGUGUGGGCAGGUGUGCCCUGCCUCACUCAGGCCUUAUUCUGGGCUGAGGCACAGUCACACCUCUGUGUGGGACAUCCCGGGCAGACCCUCUACAUGUGGCCGUCCAGGAGCUGCUGAGGCCGAGCGCAGGCCAGCCUCUGUUCUGAGUGCCGCCGGCUCGCCUGGCCACUUGUGUCCUCUUCUGGGAGUGGAUUCUUGGCCCAGGCAUCCACACUGGAAGCAGAGCCCGAUCCACUCCACAGGGCCGGGGCUGGAUGAUGGGACGGGGUCCUGGACAGUCUGCCUCAGCUCCUCACACGUAUGCAGUGGCUCAGGGCUUGAAAACUGCAGUCCACAGCCAUGGGCAAGGCCAGCAGGAGCCAGUGGCACCAUGUGGCUGCAGCCCAGGGCUGGUGGCCCUUCAGCCACAACACUUCCUGCUUCUGAAGUUGGGCAAGUCCUGUGUGGUGGUGGGAGGCUUGCAGGUGCCCAGGGCGUGUCGUGGCCGGCAGCUGAGAAACAGUUCCUCAAGGUACAGUCUCCCCUGUGGGGCUGCCCUGAGGAGGGGUGUGAAACGGGCCCAUUCAGGCUCGAGUCUCUGUCUUUCAAGUGAAUCCGUGCAGCCAAGGCCUCUGUGGGGGCCUGUGUGUGACUGCACAGCCACUGAGAGAGGAGACUGCUCCACACAGAACUGGAAUCACUCGCGUCCGCGUAGGAAGCAUCAACACCUUCACAGACAUUCGUGGUUCGCUUUGGGAAAGAGAAAAAUUAAUGUUCCCUCCCAGGUCACACAGCCUCUCGGUGUAAAUGUGAAGCCUAAAACCUUACUUCUUGUUUAGAAAAAGCAGUGUCUCAGAAGUAGAUGCGUUGAGUUCUUAGGCCGGUAUUAGAUCAACUAUUUAAGACAUAGUCUCCGAGCUGUAGAUAAGGAGUCUUGGGCACGGCUCCUUGUCACGUAGCGACGGACAGGCCCCAGUGACAACGUGCUUCUCCAUCGUCCCCUUUCACUGUCGCUUCCCACCGAUGCCACCCACAGUAUUUAUGAGAACAGAAGCUGGGGGGAGAACGUGGCUGUUCUUCAGAAUUGAACUGCAGGGCCCAAACUUGGGGUCUGCGAGCGGGAAACCCGAAUGUUAACUAUGAGCACAAAUCGGAAGCAGAGGACACAAAGCUGUUAACUCACAGAGCUUUGGGGUCCUGCACGAUUGCCUUUGUUUUGGCGUUGGCACUGACACGGGCUGUCUCGCGUGGCGUGAACCUCGAUGUUUGCUUCGGAAGCCACUGUCCGCAGCCCAGGUCAGGAAACAGCACCUGUGUCACUGAUGUAAACACCUUGCGAGUGGAUUUCAGGUGGGUGAUGUCAGUCCCAGGUCACAAACUUUGUAUUCAUAGUUAAUCAAAUAGGGUUGGGUUUUUCAGGGUGCGGUGUAAAUAAAUGUAAGAAGUUCUGUUCUAUACCUGCUCUGUUAAUGUAGUUUUUAAACAUUAAAAUGUGAACCAAAAAUA